AUGGCCGACGACAUGGGCGACUUCGACGUGGUGAAGAACGCCACCUGCAGCAGCGACAGCGCCGACGACUUGGGAUUCUGGAUGGGCAUGACGGGUCUCCUCGGAAAGCUUGUCGGGGAAACCCCGAAACACAAGGACAAGGACGGCGGUUUUAGCUACACGGGGAAUACCGAGUUCGGGCCCAAAGGAGAAGCGACGGCCACGUGCGUGAAAGGGAAGGACGACGUUAAAUGUGGCACGUGUGUCGGUUUCGCCGUCGGCCGAGUCACCAAGGAAUGUUCGGGUAAGGCUUCUGGCAGCGUCGAGCUGAAGAUUUGCCAGGUCAGCUUCAACAAGAAGUGA